AUGAGCUGGCUGUUACUUUCGAUGAAAAUGGGCAUAGAAAGCGAUUUGUUAUCAAAAGUUCGCAGGCUUCUUCUGGUGCUAUGGUCAGGCAUGUAUAGGCUGGAAUUGUUUGUGAUUCCAGGCGCACAAUUGCGAUCCAUAGUUGAGCUUGCACCAGAAAGUUAUUACGACGAGUUUACGACUAUGAGUGGAGAUGCUCCUCCUAGAGCAUGUCAUUCUUUCAGGAGGACAUAUGCUGCUCUUUGUGACUUCUACGAUCAACCAUAUAGGGACGAAGUUUCUUGGGACGUCGAAAAAAUAUAUGCCGUCAACAGACUCCAUUGUCUACGCAUAGAGGAUUUCUCACAUUUGCUGCCAAAGGAUUUGUUACCAAUCACGGGUGUGCUGCAGUAUUCUUCUUACUUUACGGGACUUGCAGCAGAUGGUAUCAGAAUGACAUCCGAACUUAUAGACGUUAUAUUGUCAGUGAUCAGAAAAUCUCGCUACUUACACCACCUACAGCUGAAAAAUUGCGCUCUUCCAAGGUAG